CCGGACUUGAUAUCCCGUUUGGUCGCAACGUGUCUCCGCGACUGUCGUCGUGCCGCGCGAUUUUUUUAGGCCGCACGUGCUUCCGACGUUAAUGCAAACAGACUCCACACCCGCGUCCGACCGUCAUGGUUUUUGUUCCGUCGUGCAUCGCAUUGACCCGAUCGGCGGUGUCGUCUACCCGCGACACAUCGACGCACCAGACGACGACGGCUUCCGCAAGCGCGGAGAUCCCUGCACGUGUGCGUCUCGCGUGUGUCUUCACAUAGUUACCCGUUGCCGACGCACGCGCGACGGCGACCCGAGAGGGACCGACGACGACCGACGGACCGACCGAUCGUCAACGACGAUGUCGAUGAUGUUGGCGGCGUGAAUAUUGGCGAAUUGCGUCGCCGAAUUUUCAUAGCGCGUUAUAUUGUCUCGUCGGAAUAAGUACCGUCGGGCGAGCGGAUCUUCAACCUCAACGGAGGGUUCCUCCUCUGAAUUUAUCACUCGCGGGACAUACGCGUGCAUGUGGUGACCGUAUUUCUGCGAGACCGUAUUGCGUAACGUAAACGACUCGGUGAGAUCGUUGUGCAUCAAUUGUUACGGCGAGGUUUUGUGAAGUAAGAUCUCGAGGAAGUAAUGACCUCUCCCUAUCUCUCUCUCUCUCUCUCUCUCUCUCUCUCUCUCUCUCUCUCUCUCUCUCUCUCUCUCUCAAUGUUUAGUUGCGUUGCAUUUGAAAUAAUAAAUAAUGUUUUCUUCUUUACUUUUUGCGUUGUGUAAUAAUACCGGUGAAUCCAAAAUGUUUUUCAUAAGUUACAUGUGUAAUAUUACAUCCAAGAAGCAUAAAGCAGUAAAUUUAGAAAAUUAAAAUCGGAUUUUUCAAACGUCGAUUUGGCAAUUAUGAAAGAAGAUUAGUAGCUUAAAUCUACACCACUAUCCAAAUUCGUUGUAAUAUUCGUAUAAACAAUUUAUAUCUUCCGAAAUCAAAUUUAAUGAAAGUAUAUACUUAUGUGAUUUCAAUGUUUUACCGGUCCUGCUCGAAAAGUUUCUACAUUUAUUCCUUUCUAUUUCACACCUACAAAGAUUAAGAUGCAUUGCUACAGUAACAUAGAACGCGUUAUAAAUAAAAAAGAGAGAUGUUGGUGUUUAAGAAAUCUAAAUAAGCUAAAAGGACAAUCGCUCCAAUACGUAUGACGCAAAAAUGAGAGAGAUCCGUGCAAAGUUUCCGAGUAAGGUUGUGUUGCAAGCUGUGCCGUUGCAGAGAUGUUAGACCUCUCCUUGUAUCGUGGAGAACAAAAGCCAUUGGCAUCACGCCUGACUAGCACUAAUGCUAUACCCCUGCAAAAACUAUCGAGAACAACCGAUACGAUGAGCAGUGUUUUGCUCGGGAACGACGCGUACUUUCCUCACGCGUAAACGCGUACCGUUCCACGUAUACGUUUUAUUUUCAUUUUAUAAAAAUUACAAAGAAAAUACGCCGCGAUUUUUCAACUGCUCUACACGUGAAUCAUGGCGCUGAUUCUGGCAGAAGUAUCACGAUUUUUCUUGAAAAUCACCUGAUAACGAAGAACAUUAAUCGCGUUUCGUCUCGUUGCGAACGCACGUCGUAUUUUACAUGAGGAACAAACACAGAUUUAAUGAUCACUCGCUAUAUUCUAUGAAAUUGUGAGAAUUAAACUUAAAAAUAAAUUUAAAAAUAAAUCCCAAAGUUAUUCCAAUCGCCCCGCGUUGAAAAGACUAUUAUAAUUUUUUAUCGUCUACGUGAUCGUAUCUCGAUGUCAUCAAUCGACCUUUCCAUUGUCGGCGUCGCCUGUUGACACUUUCCAGCAGAACCGAUCAUGCAUCCAGGCGUAAUAUUAUUGCCGACGUUGGUGGCCUUUGUCGCCGCCGAGAGCAUUCUAAUGACGGAGGUCUUUGUCAUUCCUAUCACACCGGAUACUUUCGACUGGAGUGCAGAUGGUCACUCUGAUCAAUUUUCAUACCAACCCUCCUUGCUGAACGCCCCCGAUCUCCCAUCAUGGAUACAUUAUACAUACAGUAAGAAAGAUCACCAUGGCUUUUUAUACGGGGUCGCACCGAAAGAUAAAAAAUAUUUUCAGUUGGAGAUCGUGGGGUUGAACAAGCACACUUACGAGACCCGCUAUAAGGUGCUCGACAUGAAUGUACUCGAGAGAGAGAAUUUGACCAAGUACGAAGUGCAUCUGAAGAUCGACAACCUCAAUGUGGAAGACAUGUUCGACCGUAAUCGUACCGAGAAGCUCCUUGAUAUAUUCAGGAAAAAGUUGUGGAGAGGUGCAGCGGACCUGUACGUGACCUUUUUGGCAUCCGCGAUUGAGCUCGGAGCCCGUUUACCACUAAAGCCCAGCGAAGGUGAAGGAGUCGUCGUGAGAUUAGGCAGUACGGUGCCGUUUUCGCAAGAACUGAACGAAUUACAGGAAGAGGUCAAGCCGCUAUGGAAAAUGCCGUCGUGUCCGAGAGACUUCAAGAGGACCAGCGUCGAGAUACUCUUCCGAGAGGCCGAGUUCAGACUAGACUGGUGUUCCUUCAGAUUGCUAGAGGAAGACCAGCAGAGCAUACAGCACGAGAGCGCCCGGCGAGGUCCCAGCGCGAACGUCGUAGACCUGCCUUCAUCAGGCAUCUCCGAACACACGGAAUGGCGUUGGGCCCGCUCGACGAAAGCUAGCAUACCUACGAGGAGCUAUUUCAAGGAGAUUGCCACCACAAUUUUCGUGCCGGUCAUUCUGCUCCUCGUGCUAGGCGCCUUACUCAGCAUCGCUCUCUGCCUACAUCACGAGAAACUGGUGGAUCCGGAGUCAGAUGAAUAUUUUGACGAACUGUUUAAUAUUUUUCUUAUGAGAAAACAACCAGUCAGCGAGAAACGAGAACCUACACCGAUAGAAGGAAUUGGGAACAAUGGAAUACAAAUGGUACAAUAUGCUAUGUCGGAGAGAGGUACUCUGAAAUCACUAUCGGCUCAACCAUCGAGUCCGAAUGAUUCUCUGUCGCAAAGUCCAAGAGUCUCCGGCGAACGUUGCAAUCCGUACAUUCGUCCAAACCCGCCGCCUUAUACCGGACCGACUAACUUUGCCGGUUUGCGCGCCGAUUUCUGACUACACGAGCAGCCCGCGAAGACAUGGUUCUGCUGAAUGAAUAUUGUUCGCGGGUGGCUUUCGAUUGACGUACGUUUCGAGAUAUGCCGGAAAUUGCCAACUCACCGAAACCGGCUCCAAAUUUGCAAGUUGAAUCAGAUAUUAAAUAUACGCGUCAUUUAUUAUCAGUAAACAUAAACAUGUAUUUGCGUCACGCUUUUCGAGUUUUACAUUAUAUGUUCGGCUGAUAUGCUAAGUUUUUUGAGGAACCGACUUACGUCUUACGAGUUACGAGAAACUGUUCGAAAUGUUUCCUAUGAAUAAAUGAAUCACGAAUAUAAAAAACUGUUUUGUUCACACAUUGCAUAGAAUGUAAUACAUAUAACAUAUAAAACAUAUGUAAUAGCGUAUAACACAUUGUAUAGAACUGUCUGCAUUGUAGCAAUCGAGCUGCAUAAUCCACGUGAUUUUAUAAUGAUAUAAUCAUAUUGUAUGAUGUAAUACUUUAUAAUAAAAUUGUAGAUAAGUUCGUAUUUAAAUAAGAAACAAUUAUACUUGACAUAUACAUUAGCAAUAGCGUGUUUCGACAUACAGUACAGUAGCUGUUUAAAAUGAAAACAAUAAAAUUCAUAUUAUAUUUA